UGUUUGUUCCUGACUUAUGGCCUUUUUGGGAGGCAGGUGGCACUGUCACCUCAGUUUUUGAGCUUCAGAGUGCUUGGAUUUAAGUCUCCUCCCCAUUUCCUUGUGGAUUUUUAGUGGAACUGUAACUCCAGCAUCCUAUUUCAGUUUUUUAAUGCGGUCUAAUUUAGCAGUGCUCUCUCGCACUAAAGUGUGUCCUUGUUCCUAUGUCCAAUGCACUGGUCUCCUGUUGAGGGUUAAAUAGAGGGAUAUACCUGAUUAACCUGAUUAUUGUCAUGUGAAGCCACAGUAUAUCCACUGAAACAACUGCUAAAUCAGCUUGGAACUUUAACAUCACCACCCAAUGGAGGCGCCAAGUAAACCGCGUUACAAAAAGGGUGGAUGUGACUCGGCAUUUAUUUAUAAGCUGGUGCUGGGUAUCCCUUGUUCCCAGUCUCCUCCUUCUGCACCAUCCACAAUUUAGCUAUGAGCAGAAACUCCUUAUCCAUGAAUCAGGAACUCCGCAAGGGAGAUUAUUUAAUCUCUAAUAAUCGAGAGUUCAAAGCUGUGUUCCAGGAGGAUGGCAACUUUGUCAUUUAUGGCUGGAAGCCCAUUUGGUCAUCCGAUACGGCCUCUUCCGAAGCCCACCGUUUAUGUAUGCAGGAAGACUGCAAUUUUGUCAUGUACAAGAAGAACGACGAUCCCAUGUGGCACACUAGCUCUUAUGCACCCGGCUGCAACACGUGCCACAUCUAUCUAGGGGAUGAUGGAAUCCUGGUGGUGGAGAGGGAUGCUAAGGUGAUCUGGAGCUCUGCAAGCUCCAGAGGCAGGAAGUAAAGUGAUAAGCAUCAUUUUUGCCUGAGCAUGUCACUGCAUAUCACCUGUGACCAAAUGUGUUGUGUGCAUUGGUUUUUACAUAUUUUAAAAGUAUGUGUCCAAUUAAAGAUCCAUCAAAACAGCAAAAA